UAAAUAGAAAUCACAGUGAACAGUUUCGAAAUGGUGCCGCUCCUAGUUACAUUUGUUUUGCUCGCCGCUGUCGCGUUUCUGAUACACAAAUAUCUGACAUGGCACUACGAUACCUUUAAAAAGAUGGGCAUAGCCGGCCCAGAACCGAAAAUAUGGCUUGGAAAUUUAACCGGCAAACAGCACAUAGCUUACGAUUAUGAUGACAUAUACAACAAAUACAAGCAGAAACAUCAGAUUGUUGGCAUGUUUGUUUCCAGAGAGCCUCAGAUCUUAAUACUAGAUCCCAAAUUGGCGCAUGAAGUGUUAGUUACGAAUUUCAAAAGCUUCAGAGAGAAUUUAAGCAGCAAAUUCCUCUAUGACAGAGAAGAGGAUACGGUCGCCGCACUCAAUCCGUUUUUCAAUGUUGGUGAGGAAUGGAAGACGAGACGAUCAGACGUAAUGAGUGGCAUUACACAGCACAGGCUCACCUCAGCGUAUCCGAUUUGGAAGACUUGUACUCAAAAGCUCGGAAAACUCUUAAAUGCAGAGACUAUAAAAGGCAGCUCGAUAAUCGAAACCAAGAAUCUUCUAUUACGCUAUACAUCCAACAUUUUGGGCGAGUUUCUUUGGGGCAUUGAAACGAAAACGCUGGAAAGUCUCGACGAGCCAAAUCCUUACCUGGAAGUAGCACAAAGAAAUUUGCUCCAAGUGUUUCAGGGUUUUAUGAGCUAUUUCAAAUGUAUACCCUUCCCUUGGUACCGACGUUUCGAUAGUCAUCGAAUCUUCACUGCCGAAAGUGACCAGCUUUUCUCACAGUUUACUAAAGACGCAUACGCGUUGCGUGAGAGAGAUGCGAGCAAAAAGAAUCAAGCUGACUUCUUAAACUACGUGCGCCAACUGCAGGAAAAAAAGAAUCUGACCCAUAAUGAAGUGGUAGGCUACAUGGCGACCGUCUUUGUCGAUGGUUUUGACACAGCAGCAACGGUUGCUUUUCACACGCUCUUCUACUUGACCCAUCAUCCGGAGUAUCAGGAAAAACUACGUAAAGAAAUUCUAAGCAAUCUCGAAGCCGACGGCAAUAUUAAUUAUCAAGCUUUGACUCUGCUACCAUAUUUGGAUCAAUGUGUGCACGAAACCUUACGUAUGAUAAGUCCCCUCACAUUUACUUCACGCGUCUGUACGGAGCCUACCGAAUUAGUACUGGACGACGAACGUCGCAUACCCAUUGAAAAGGGACAGGUGGCAACUGUGCCCGUGUUCAGUUAUUUGCAUGACCCUGAGUACUUCGAAGAUCCGAUGGAAUUCAAGCCGGAGCGUUUCGAAAAUGUUGAUAUUUCGGAGCUAACGAAGAGGGGUAUUUUUCUGCCAUUUGGCGAUGGACCACGAAUUUGCUUAGGGCGUCACUUGGGGGUGUUGCAAGUUAAAACAGCUAUCGUCGAGGUACUCAAGAAUUAUCGCUUGAAAGUUUGCGACAAAACUCCACCGAUAGCGAAACUCGAAUCACAAACACUUAUUAUCGGAGUGGAUGGCGAUUUAUUAUUUGAAUAUGAGAGAUUAUAAACAGUGUUUUUUGUUAUUAUUCAUAAUUUUAACGUAAACACUCGUAUGUAAUGGGAUUGAUGACUUUUUCUAAAUUCUGUGAAUACUGAUAAGCAUAUCUGAUUUAUGCCAUGACAUUUUAUAACUUGAAGCCAUACAUUUACAUUUCACACUCGAAAUAUAUC